AUGUGGCAGAUAUCAGUCCAAUCUUCAACACUUUACUUCUAUUCACUGACUUUGUUGGCAAUUUUAACUCGAGCCAAAAAUGAGACAACGGAGAGAAUAAAUAUAAACGACAGACAGAUAGCAAGAAGUGAUGAUUCUGAUUUUAUUGCUAAAAGGUUAAGAGAGGCUUUAAGUGUUGGAAGAGCAACAGUGAGUGAGACUGCUGAGGAACUGACCACAGCGACGAAUCCCAACGGAAACAAUAUACAGCGUUCAUUAUCUCAAGGAAAUGGACGGAGACAGAUUUACAAUGAUCCAUCAGCUGAUCUCCCAUCACAUCGUCAUAACAGUUACGAUUACAAUCUCAGUCAAAUUGCUGAAAAAAAUUUCCACUCAACUAAUUUGCCAGAAUCAGUUUUUCCAAUUUUUCUUUCCACCUUUUGGCAAAUUUAUGAAAACUAUACUACUGCUAUAGCGAACUCACAAAACUCGAUUGCAGAGGAAAAUGUAGCAAGAACCACUCAAAGCUCACCAGUGCAAGCACUGAUUUCAUAUUAUGGAUAUAAAUUAGCAAAUUUCAAUGAAGCGGGCAAAAUGAUUAGCACCAACACGCAGUCAUUUCAGUCUGAGAUACAGGAAAGGUGCAUGAGAAGUCUCAACUAUGAGAAGGCUAUUGAGAAAAAACGGUUUCAAUGUCCUGUUUGUGAGCAAGGAUUUCAGUACCAA